AUGAUAGAACCGAAAAUGAAUCCCUUCUUAAACUGGGCCAUUGUGCUCGUCAUCAGUGGCGGCCUCUUUUGGUAUUAUAAACUCAGAUCCUGCCCCAGAGUCAGAGCUACACCACUGAAAGCUCUCGUGGAGAAACACGAAAAUGGAUAUCUCUCCAAAAAGGCAAAGCGGAAAGCAAAACGAUCCCCAGACAACGCCAGCAGCAGCGGCUCUCGUACUCCGCCUCCCAAACCCAUCGUUCAUUCUCCUGCAAAACAGGAGGUGGUUUCCUCCGGAGUACAUAAGGCCGAGGCUGGUGAUGAGGGGAUGAACAUCCAGGAGUUUGCCAAACGGCUUUCCAAAGCGAAAGAGGGCACCAAGCUCUCAUCUGCGGAUAGCAAACCUAAUAAGCAUCAAGUCCGCACUAAGAAAAUUGUUAGCAGUGCCGUUGAGCCUGCCAACAAGGAUAUCACUGCCAAGAAGGAUAUAGCAGCCAGUAAAGAUACUUCAGCCGAGAAGGAUGUCACAGUUGAGAAGGACGUCACUAUUGAGAAGGAUACCACAGUUGACAAGGAUGCCACAGCUGAGAAGGGUACCACCUCUAACGGAGAUACCACAGCCGAGAAGGAUGCCACGGAGUCGUCUACUUGCACUUCAUCGACCACUGGGGGGGAUGCGGACGAUGACAUGUCCUCCGUAAACUCACCUGUUGUCAAUCCAACUGUACCCACGGCAGGUAGCGUCUCCGAUAUGCUGCCGCCUCCCCCAGCAACUAUACCCGUCCUUCGCCUGGUUGACGUGUCUCAGGAGGCUGAACAGUCAGCGAAGAAAAAUCGAAAGUCGGAAAAGGUCACAGAGACAAAGAAACAGCGCCAACGAAGGAUUAAGAAUGAAAAUAGAAAGAAGAUGGUAGAAGAUGCGGAGAGGGAGCGCCGUAUUCAACUUGAGAAACAACUCCACACUGCCCGUGAACAUGAACGUCGCGAGGCUGCCAAAUCUAAACCCCCUCCAGCUGCCAAUGCCUGGAAAACAGAAAACAGCAGCAACAAACCAAAUGGUCUGCGGCAAUCUACAAAUGAACCACCACCCACAUCUUUUCUAGACACGUUUGAGCCAGCCGCUGAGCCAGCAGCCAACCCUCUCCCAACAUCCGAAACCACAAAACCGUCCUCUUAUUUAGAGAGUUGGGCCAACAACUUGCCGUCCGAGGAAGAGCAGAUGCGCAUCAUAAUGAGUGAAAGCGAGUGGACGACAGUCUGUAACCGCAAAAAGGAGCGAAGAAACGGCUCCAAGCACACCGGAAGCGUUAGUGCCAGUGAAACAAGCAGCUCUGACUUUCAAGCCGUAAAGGCGCCGAGACCGUCGAUAAACCAACCUCCACCUCCACCAAAAACAAAAACACCAACAAGUGAAGCAGCAAAAGCUACACCCACUGCUCUGUUCCCUCCAAAACAAGAGACUUCUAACAGCAAAGGUCAUCCCUUGGACUCUGACUGGGAGCCUUGA